AGAGAAUAGAGAUUGAAGGUGUUUUUGUUGUGUUUUAAUAUCAAUCAAUUUUAAAUUGCCGAGUUAUCAGCAAGCGACAUAAGACUAACUUAUUUCGCUUUGAAGCGUAAUCCACCUUUGAGAAUGGCGGAAAGUAGUAAUGGAGAAUUAAGUGAUGAAGAUAUUAUUAUUAAUGAUCAAGAUGGUCUUCCAAAUGUACAUCCCAACCUAAUAAAUGAAGCUGAGAUUGAUAGCCCAGAACAACAUUCUGAUGACGAAUUCGAAGACUUGCCAUCGUCUCUUAUUGUUACAAAUAUACAUGACUCAGUUUUUACCACCCCAGACAAAAAGCGUGAUUUAGAAGAGUUAUUUAAAAAGUACGACCCAGAUGUAACCUUCCAAUGGUUGCGUAGUUUCCGAAGAUUACGGGUGAAUUUCAAAACUCCGUAUGCAGCUGCUAGUGCGAGAAUUGAACUUCACCAGUACAAGAUCAACGAGUCAGUAAUAACCUGUUAUUUUGCUCAGCCAGUCACACCGGUGAAAAAUCCGAAUUUGCAACCACCAGCCCCGUAUAAACAGUUCCUAAUUUCACCUCCUGCAUCCCCGCCGUUGGAUUGGGAGCCCCGUCCCGAAGGAGAACCUAUUAUCAACCACGACUUAUUGGCUGCUCUAGCCACCCUUACUCCUGGUGCCACUCACGAGUUGCAUCCCUCGUCUCCGGGACAACCGGCUAUAGUCGUCCAUACAGCAUUAGGGGCUGCGACUACCGGCACCAAACCUAGAAAUACAGCUAUUCCUGAUCGAAGUUAAAGAUCGGGCUGUCAAUAGGUAAAUGGAGUUAUAUUGAUACAAGAUAAAUUUAUUUAUUUUACUAAAGACUAAAAAUUGAUCUGAUAAUGAUUAGAGAGAUUGUGGCACUAAUUUAUGAUUUAGUUUUUAGUUUGAAUUAUGUGUCAUGUACUUAUUUUUAUGUUGAAAGUUUGUAAGAUUAUUAUUACAAAUUUCUUUAGUAAUGAAUAUCAGCGUAAGAAUAAAAUGUGCUAAGGAGAUAUGCUCAAUUACUU